AUGAGUACAAAGCGCUUGCGCAUAUAUAAAGAGUAUCCUGAUAAGAAUCCUGUUGAUGUGGCAUUUGAAGAAUCCCUUACAGCCGCAGAUAUUAUUCCAUUGCUUAAAAUUCAAGAAACUAAUAUCGCUUCCAAUAAAUAUGGACUAAUGAUUCAGUCUAAUCAGUCAGGAAUCAAGUGGAUUCCUGAUGAUAUUGCAUUUAAAAAGCUUUUGAUUAAAAAUACAGAUUCAAUUUUUGCCGAACCUCUAGUAAAACUAAUUAACGUCAUACUUCCUGGCAACUCAUCGGAGUAUAUUGCAUUAGAGAUGAACGCUCCUUCAGAACAUAUUACAGAAAAAUGUUGUUUAUUCUUUAAUAUUUGGCCUCAUCAGGUUUGGAAUAUUUUCAUGAUGGAGAAUAACCAGAAGAGGAUGUUUAUUCCAGGUGUAUCUUUGGCCGAACAAUGCCCUACUGUGAAGACGAUUUUCCUUAGGCAAACAAACUUUUCACCUUUAAUCACUACAAAAAUUGCAUAUCCAUUGCACAUCUACUUAGCCCAAUACAGAACAAUGAUAAUCAACAAAGAACUUGUUCUAUCCAAGAAUGAUAUUAGUUUCUUAAACGGUUUCAAAUGGUUCCAGGAAAAGGAUGAAAAACUGGCAAUUUCAAAAUCUAAUUCAGAAAAAAUUAACGAGUUCAAUAAACUCACAGCUCUUAAUGGCUUUGGAGCAAUGAAUUAUCAUUGCAGGAUCACAUUCAUCGAAAAGGAGAAUGUUUCUGAUCAGGUAUUGAGGAUUAUUUCAAUUACAAAUCAAUCAAUUGCAUGCUAUGUUGAUUAUAACUCCGAUCCAGAAAUAAUCUACUCGUUUUCGACAAUUUUUGGAUUUGCAGUCAACGGCCCAUAUUUAAGAAUUUUCCUUGAUGAAGAGGGCAAAUCAUCUUGGUGCAUUUUCAAUAACAAUGCACGUGAGAUGUUGGCAAUAAUUGAGUCAAAUAUAGGAAUGAAAAGUGUGACUCCAAGACCAUAUCAGCAAACUACAAGUAUCAUUGUUUCAACUCAAGUAGUUGAAGAAAAAUCACCAUAUAGAAAACCUUUUGAAGUUUUCGAUCCAAAUGAAACAAUAAUUGAAUGUAUUCAGAAUAUCAAUAAUGCAGUUGCAUCCUACCAAGAUUCCGCAAAGUCUGGUUCAUAUUCAAUUGAUAAUGUGAGAAACAGAAUAAGUUUGAGCUCAAUGAUUGACGAAGCAAAAACCAUAUCUUUGGGUGAAGAUAAUUAUGGAGAUUCUCCUUACAUCCAUUUGAUUAACAAUAUCGAAAACAUUAUUCAAGAAGUUAACAAACCAAUGAAGCAAGAAAGAUAUAUUUCGAAAUUGGAAGAAAUUCACAAUGAAAGUUUAGAUUUCAUCCAGAACAGCAACAAACAGUUUUCAGAAAUUAGACUUAGUGAUGAAGAAGUUAAUCCAUCUGAAAUAAGCUUCGAUGAACAAAGCGAUGAUGAUAUUGAAACUCAAAUGAUUUUUGGAAAUUCCAAUAACAUUAAGAACAUUACAGUAUCUGUUUUCCAUGAACCAAAAGCAUUGAAGAAACUUGAACUAAAGCCAUUUGAGCCAUGCAACAUGAACUUUGAUGAAUUUAAAGAAAAAACGCCACUUUCAAUACCGCCAAUUAAUAACUCAUCUAAUUUGAGCAACAAUAGUUUAAUCCUUAAUACUUCUAAAGAAGUUCAGCCGAAUUCCCCUUCUGAACUAGACACUCCAAAGAACUCAUUUAUCGCUGAAGAGUCCAAAUCAUCAAUAAUACUUCCUCCUCCUUUGGAAACUGAACCUCUAAAUCUUCCACCAAAUAAUGAAUUUUUCACUCCAAAGAAAACAGAUAAUGAGGCUCUUGGAUCUUAUUCUGCUAUAGAAAAUCCAUCACCAAAACUCUCUGUGCCAUUAAUGAACGAACAAAUAAAGAUAGUUCAACCUAAGAAGCUUGAAAAUUCCCAAGAAAAAGUAAUUAAAGUUCAAAAAGUAAAUCAGAGUAUUAAUAUAAAAGGUGAAUUGUCUGAUGUUGAUUCAAAGAUCCAAAAAAUUAAUGUAGCUCAACCGAAAUCAGAAAAAGAUGUCCGCCUUGCUGCAAAUUCUAAUGCUGAAGUCAAAAAUAAUGUUCAAAUGAUUGAACGCCAAAAAGUAGAGCCCAAACCUGCAGGAAAAGUUUCAGAAGAAAAAAUUAAAAAUGGGGAAACUGAAUUCUUAGUACAAAAGGUUCCGGCAGAUGAAAAAGCUUCUCAAAAUUAUGAAACAGAAGCAUUUAUAAGGAGAACUCCUCAAAAUUCUGUGGAUCAAUCCCAAUAUCAAACGAUUAAUUCUCAGCAUUAUCUUGCAACUGCGCCAUUACCAAUAAAUCCAUCAUCAAGCAUUGGAAAUCAAGCCAUUUAUCCAUGCCAGCUGAUGGAAAUGCCACCGCAAGCCCUGAUCACAGCCGAUGGAAUUCCAAUUCCAUAUCAGCGUCAGGUUCCAAUGCAAUAUGGCAUGUAUCCUCCAGUUGGAAUGCCUUAUGGCAUGCAAAUGCCCCAAAAUACCACUCCACAGUCUCCUGUUAAUGUAAGAGUUUGCAUUGAUAAUAGCAAGAAAAAUAGAUUAAAUAAAGCAAGAGAAAAACUCAAAUUUGAUGAAGAAAAUGAUAGUGAGUACGAAUAUUCAAGUGAUGAUGAAGAAUCAGUUGAUAAGAAUGCUGCAAGAAAGAGAAGCAGCGCUGCCAAGCCUUCACCUAAAAAGAAAUCACUGAAUACUGAAUCUCUCACACUACCUGAGCUUCUAGAUGAGGUUGAAGAGAGUGUUGAUUUGAUUCAAAGAUCAAUUGAAGUAGGAGGAAAUGUAAAGAAUGACCAGAAAAAUUUACUCGCCUUAAUCAAAGAACUCAAACAAAGGGCAAAUUCUGCAGAAGAUGAUGUAAAAGAAAGUUUGGAAAAUACAAUUUUCUCAGCUGAAAAAAUUGCUACUACAAAGUCCUUAACAAAAACAAAGAUUACUAAAUUAUCUGCAGAAAUUCAGACAUCUAUCAAAGAUUUGAGAAAAGAUAAGAAGACCUCUAAACUUUCUUCUGUUAAUCUUAAUGCUUCGAGAAAAGCUUCAUCAGCUCCAAAAGAGUUUAUUUAUGAAGAUGCAGAAACUGAAAUUGCAAAGGCAACAGCCCAAAAGCCAAAUAUCGAUCUUCAAAAUUCAUUGAGUAGUCUUGCAACUUCAAUUCUCGCAGCCACGACAACAUUUAUCAAAACUGAUUCAUAA